UGUCAUGGCAGCUCGAGCAGCAGCGGCGCGCAUCCCUCGUCUUCGACUCUUCAGCGGUCCAAAUUGCUCGCUUUGCGAUAUCGCAAAGGCCGAGCUUGCACAAGUACGGAAAACUGUGAGCCUUCCAUCCGACUUUGCCUGCCACCACUUUUACUUUCCCUCCUACCGCUUCCCCUUUGCCUGCCGCCACUUUUCCCUGCCACCACUUCCUCCUCCAGCCAUCAGCAUCCCUACUCGAUCUAACAUGCGCCCCCCAGCACGACUUCGAGCUCGAGACAAUCAAUAUCCAGGCUCCCGGCCAGGAGUCCUGGAAGCGGAAGUAUGUGUACUGGAUCCCCGCGCUGCACAUCGACGGAAAGGAGGUAGCGAAGGGAAGAUGGGACGCGCAGACGGUGACCGAGGCGCUGGAGAGGUGGAAGCAGGAGCAAGCCGCGCAGGGGAGGCAGGAGGAACAGGCGGCGGCAACGACGAAUACAGACGCCGACUCAAAGAGCACAUAGAAGAGCAGUUGAAGCUUGUCCCGUCGCACUGCCUCUACUUCGAACAAGACUUCCCCGGCGAGCCGGGGUAUACUUUCCGCGGUGUCUACGAGCGCGUGACGGACGAGGUGCUGGGGGAAGAGGACGAGGACGCUAUAGACCCCCACCCCUCCCACUCGAAUGCCCUCCCCUCUCACUCAAAUGCCCACCCAUCCCGCUCGCGCUGCUUCAACUGCGGCUCCCCCGAACACAUCCUCGCCGCCUGCCCCGAUCCCAUCUCGCGCCCGCUCGUCGCGCUGUCACGCCAGAUGCACGACUUUUACCGCGGGAACGCGAGUGCGUCGGGCUCUGGCGGGCGACUUUGGGUGGUCGAGGAGUGGCGGAGUCAACGGCUGGGCUGGUUGGACGAGUUUCAGCCGGGCGAGGUGCGGAGCGAGGGUCUGCGCGAGGCACUUGGGAACGAUGGGCAGCCUUGGCUGGAGAACAUGAUGAUUUGGGGCUAUCCUCCGGGAUGGUAUAGCGCUGAGGACCCUCGCGAGCGUGUGCGCGCUAUCAUCGAAGGGGACACUGAACCUGAGGAGUUUCAAGCCGAUGAGUCUUUCGCUGUUCAUCAUGACGAAGGCGUGGAGGGCGUCAGCUUCACCUUGCCCUCGUCGGAAGACACCUCUGAACCGGCGCAAGACAAAGAGGACGUACGCGCGCCUUCUGUACCCAAGUCGUCCCAAGCGCCUCGCCGAUGGGCGAAGUACCCUCCCGACCUAUUCUCGUCGGACCACCUCAGCGUCUACAAUGGAUUUACCCUUCCUCUGUUCGAUGGAUUGCCGCCUCCGCCUUGCUCAUGGGAUGCUCCACUACCUCAGCCACCGUCGGGCUUACCGCCACCGCUGCCUCCAGGUUCUCCUCCACCUCCUCCGCCAGGUUCUCCGCCGCCAUUACCUCCCCCUGGUCUACCGCCUUCGCCUCCGCCGCUACCUGAUUUACUGUCUCCUCUGCCUCUUCCUUCGACCCCGCCGCCUGUGCCUUCGCAGACCCAACCACUGUCGGCAGUGGAGGACACGCGCAUCUCGCGAUCUGCGAAUACCGCACGGGCUGACGUCCAGCGAGAUGAGAGCGCUGCACCUCACACUCAUGAAUCCCUCGACAAGGCCCCAGCUCCGCCUCCGAUGGAAACCUCGUUGGCGUCGCAGCUUCAAACACCCGAAGCAGCUCCAUUCUCCCCAGCCUUUUCUUUGCGGCCGUAUUUCGAGCGAUAUGGCUUUCCCCACUUCCUGAAGGCUGUAUAUAUCGAGCCUUCAUCGCAGCCAGAUAGUCCAGACGAGGGCGAGCAAGAUAUGGUAUUCUCCGAUGAUGAAUAAUGCGAGGGUGGUCGUAAAAUAGUUGUCUAAUGUGAUGCAAGUAGCCGGAGCAGCGAUCGCUAGCAGUACGAACAU